ACAAAUAACUGUCAUUCGGUUUUCGUCGACCAAGCCUGAUCGAUGGCCUCGUCAUUUAGUUAAAGUCAAUAGAAAAAAAAAGAAAAAAUUACAUAAGUAUUUUAAAAACUAUCGGCACGUAAAACAUAUGUGCAUAAUUAUAUAUACAUGUAAGUGUAUAUAUAGGAAAGAGUCAAGAGGCCAAAAAAAAACAGUCGCAGUUGUUGCUGAUCAAGAAGAAAGUCAAUAACAAUGACGUGUAUAGUUAAAGUGACAUAUUCAACACUUGUGUUAAUUUUUUUUAACAUUAUUACUAGUGGUGUCAAUGGAAAUAAUGUCAAAGUUCAGGAUUAUCCAUCAAAGGUUAUUGUUCAAUCAUUUGGAGUACCACAUUCAUGUGCUGGUGUAUUAAUUACUCCACGACAUGUGCUAACUGUAGCUCAUUGUGUUGUCAAAAAAAAUACAAGAGAAGAAUAUCUCGAUGCACAGACAACAAAAGCAUACAAAGUUAUACCAAUUGAUGUCACUUUAACUGGUGAUCCAACAAAACUUCGUUGGAGACAAGACAAUGAAUUUUGGGUAUCUAAUGUUGACAUUCAUAAAAAUCGACAAUCAUCUGAUAAUAUAAGUGCUGAUAUUGCAGUGUUAACGCUUUUCGUAGGAAUUGAGGCAAAUGAAACUCGAAUGCAUUCUUUAUUACCAAAAUCUGAUAGUAUUGACGAUGAAAAACUCACUGCACUUGCCUAUGGCUUCGACUACAAUGUCAAUGCUGGUGUUCAAGGUAAUGAAACAAAUCUCUUGACAUUGGGACAAUUUAAAAUUUCAAAUGACAGUGAUUGUGAAAACAACAACAAUGAACCUCAAAAAAUUGAUGAGUUUUGUGUAACAAAUUUAAAAAAAGAUACUUGUUAUGGAUAUGCUGGUGAUUCUUUGAAAAAUAAAAAUAAUGAAGUUGUUGGUUUAAUAACUGAUUCUUGGAAUUGCACAAAUCAAAGUAUCAGAGUUUUAAAUAUUAUACCAUAUAAAUCAUGGAUCAAUGAUAUAAUUAAUACUGGUUAUAGUUCUCAAACAAAAUUAGUACGACGUAUGUACACAACAUUUGUAGAUUAGUAAUCAGUUAUUAUAUAUUGAUAAUAAAUAACUGAUUAUAAUUAAUAAUCAAAGAUUAUUCUGGAGGAAAAAAUAUGUCUAGACAUAUAGCAAACAUCUAGAAAUCAAGAAAACUUGUAUAAAUAAAUUAAUGCUGUGUACUUUCUAUCGUAAAAUAAAAAAAAAAAAACAACUUGAGAUAAAAAAUAAUAUAAUUUU